GCGUGAUCAGAUCCCGCUCUGCUUACACGUGUUGCUAAAGAAUCUCACUCCUAAAUCGUAACAUACGGACGCUUGGUGGGUUCCCUAUAUCUAUUGAUUGAUUAUUUAUUUAUAUUUGUUUAUUAAUAAAUCAGUCAGCGGCGCUGACGUCAUUGCAUGACGCGAUCCCACGAUUCACUGAGAUUUUCCACUCGGUUCUUCAAAUUUGCCAGCUUCCAACAUUCUCCGUUAUUUUAACCACCCUCCACACACACACACACACACACACAUACACCAAAGGCACUUUUAAAAGCCACAUCUGUGUUGUUAACCUGUACUUGUCUCUCUGUAGCUCGCUCACUCUCUCUCUCUCUCUGUGUUUACAUCUGUAUCUGUCCAUCUUUCUGUUUCUCUUAAGAGGUCCUCCUACAAAAACUUUCUUUAUUUCUAGCACGUUGUCUCUCUGUUUUUGUGUUUUGUAUUUCUGCUGUAUAUUUCCUGUCAAGUUAUGACACGACCCAAAUUCAGGCCCUGUCCGUAUUGCCAGACUCCCAAUCAGGCAAGCAGGAACACUUGUCAUGUCUGCUUUGGAAGUCUGUACAUUAAACAAAGAAUAAAAGACAGAGUGGUGUCUCUGGACAGCCGGUGGGGGCAAUCUGUGGUGAACAGCAGAAAUGCUGCACGUAUCGUUGAUUCUGCCCGUAUUGCAGUAUGUAAGCUUGAGGCAGUGGGUUACAAGCCCAUUUUAUUUAUUGGCAAACAAAAUAAAAAGGCUUCAAAUAAGUGGGUUGCAGACAUAAUUACCCAUCUGCAGCCCACUCCUGUCACAAGAAGUUGUUUGGAGAAGAUGCAAAGGGCUUAUGAAUUUAUCCUUACUAAAGGAACCUCCAUGGGUAAACAACUGGACAAAGACAUUCUCGUAGCAGAGCAGCACAACAGUCGCAGUCAGGAGCAGUGCAACGGUUCCAUUUUGGACCUGGAGAGCCUCACCGUGGAGCAGCUGGAGAGCCUCACCGUGGAGCAGCUGGAGAGCCUCACUGUAGAGCAGCCGGAGAGCCUCACCGUGGAGCAGCCGGAGAGCCUCACUGUAGAGCGGCCGGAGAGCCUCACCGUGGAGCGGCCGGAGAGACCCACCGUAGAGCGGCCGGAGAGACCCACUGUGGAGCGGCCGGAGAGACCCACUGUGGAGCGGCCGGAGAGACCCACUGUGGAGCGGCCGGAGAGACCCACUGUGGAGCGGCCGGAGAGACCCACCGUAGAGCGGCCGGAGAGACCCACUGUGGAGCGGCCGGAGAGACCCACCGUAGAGCGGCCGGAGAGACCCACCGUAGAGCGGCCGGAGAGACCCACCGUAGAGCGGCCGGAGAGACCCACCGUAGAGCGGCCGGAGAGACCCACCGUAGAGCGGCCGGAGAGCCUCACCGUAGAGCGGCCGGAGAGACCCACCGUAGAGCGGCCGGAGAGACCCACCGUAGAGCGGCCGGGGAGACCCGCCGUAGAGCGGCCGGAGAGACCCACCGUAGAGCGGCCGGAGAGACCCACUGUAGAGCGGCCGGAGAGCCUCACUGUAGAGCGGCCGGAGAGACCCACUGUAGAGCGGCCGGAGAGACCCACUGUAGAGCGGCCGGAGAGACCCACUGUAGAGCGGCCGGAGAGACCCACUGUAGAGCGGCCGGAGAGACCCACUGUAGAGCGGCCAGAGAGCCUCAGCAUAAAACAGGAAAGCCUCACUGUGGAGCGGCCAGAGAGCCUCACUGUAGAGCGGCCGGAGAGACCCACUGUAGAGCGGCCGGAGAGCCUCAGCAUAAAACAGGAAAGCCUCACUGUGGAGCGGCCAGAGAGCCUCACUGUAGAGCGGCCGAAGAGCCUCAGCAUAAAACUGGAGAGCCUCACCAUGGAGCAGCUAGAGAGCCUCACUGUAGAACAGCCGAACAGACCCACUUUAAAGUGGCUGGAGAGCCUCACCGUGGAGCAGCCGGAGAACCUCACUGUGGAGCAGCCAGAGAGACUCACUGUGGAGCGGCCAGAGAACCUAAUUGUGGAGCAGCCAGAGAGCCUCACCAUAAAACAGGAGAGCCUCGAUGUAGAGCAGCCAGAAAACCUCACCAUAAAACAGAAGAGCCUCAAUGUAGAGAGGCUGGAGAGCCUCUGCGUAAAACAUGAGAGCCCCACUUGGGAGCGGCCGGAGAGACUCAUUGUGAAACAGGAGAGCCUCACCGUGGAGCGGUUGGAGAACCUCACAAUAAAACAGGAGAGCCUCAAUGUGGACCAGCCAGAGAGCCCCACUAUAGAGCAGCUGGAGAGUCUCCCAAAGAAGUCUGAGACUGUAUUUAUUCUCAACCUUGUUCCUCUCUCUUCCCCAUGCUCUCCAACUUCUCUCUCUCCUACAUCUUCUACUACAUUUACAGCUUUUCUUCCUCCACACUCUUCUCCACCUCCAGUGCCACGCUCUAAGUCUUUGCGGCAGAGGAAGAAAAGGUCAAAACCCUCAAUCUGUUCACCAGCACAUUCUGCCACCUCUGUCUCUCCUCCGUCUCUCAUCACCACAGAUAUCUCCCUCCCACAGUCUUGUCCUCCACCUGCUGCCUCCUCCAUCUCCCAGUCCUUGAGUCAGGAGGGGCCAUAUGUGAAGAAGAGAAGAAAGGGUAAGGGUUGCCGAAAAUGUAGCAGGCAGAAGAUCUUCCUAUUUGAUAAAAUAACUGGAGAAAGAAUACAUAAGGGAAAAGCAGAAUUGAAAGUCCACUGGUUGCCUUGCACUAUGUGUGGCAGAACUUGGGAUGACACAUGGGAGCCUGCCAGCGAGUUCUAGCAUGUUUUGCCUGAGUCUCUUCAAUCUCCAUCACUCACCAUAAACACCUGGACUCGUCAAGCACACUUCAAUUCUGAGUGUUUGUUGUUGUUGUUGUUUUGCUUGCUGUUCUUUAUUAAAGUUUUUGCACCCUC